AAGCAUAUUUACAGUGAGUCAGCGGCGGGGCGGGCUCACAGGGAACAGGAAAAACUGCAUUAUAGACGCUAGAGCUAGUUUUUAUAAUCUUUGUUUAAAGUACUAAAUCCGCGGCGUUCUGUGUUAAACUAAAGAGGACGUUUGAGCUGCUUCGCUGUUGUGUCGAGGAGUGGCUGAACAGCUCAGAGUCGCUCCAGUUGGGACUUCAUGAACGCGGAUUUGGAGGAGCAGGAAGACGAGCUGCUCGCCCUGCAGAGCAUCUUCGGGUCGGACGAGUUCCUCCGAGAUGAGUCGAAGUCUGCCGGAGAAUGCCGAGUUUCUGUCGAGCUCCCCGUGGGUUUUAACGUGCUGCUGAAACACGAUCAAACAAUUAGGCAGUAUGACGUCUCCUUCCUCCCACCGCUGCUUCUAACCUUUGAGCUUCCAGAGGAUUACCCGUCCUCCUCUCCUCCCUCCUUCACCCUCACCUGCAGCUGGCUGACUCAACCACAGCUAACUUCGCUGCGUGACAAGCUCACUGACCUCUAUCAGACCACCAGGGGCGCUGUUGUGCUCUUCUCCUGGAUACAGUUUCUGAGGGAGGAUGCCCUGAAGCACCUGGACAUCCACACUCUGCUGGAGCUUCCUACCGAUGAGUCUGAAACUCCUCAAACCAGCCAGGGAAAACCCGAUGCUGAGCGCUCGGACGCAGACGAAGAGGAGAGCGCUCCAGGAUCCGAACCGCCAGAUGAUCAGUAUCAUCAAGUGUCGUCUAACCCACCUCUCCCGCCUGGAGGCGAUGCACACGGCUCAGACGUCACAGCCUCCGAAACCUCUGAGUCGACUGAUGACUCCAGGGGAGAUUGUUCCUCAGCUGCAGACAAAUCUGAACUUCCUGAUUCAGCACGGCAGGAGGAGGUCCGCGGCAUCCCUCCGAACAAAGACCAGAGUUACCCGGGUCUCUCUUUAACCCCGGCUCAGAUGCUCCUGUCCCGGAUCUUGAUCCAUGACGCAGAGCAGAGACAGAAGGUGUUUGCCGGCACGCCCUUUGACUGUGCGGUUUGUUUCUCCACCUGGCUCGGGUCGGAGUGCGUGCAGCUGCACGAGUGCGGCCACAUCUUCUGCCGGGCCUGUCUCGGUGAGUUCUGUAAGGCCCAGAUUACAGAGGGGAACGUCCGGGGCGUCACCUGUCCUCAGGUGGGCUGCCCUACCACGCCCACCCCAGCGCAGGUAAAAAGUCUCGUAGGAGAGGAGCUCUUUCACAGAUAUGACCGUCUUCUUCUGCAGUCCACCCUGGACCGCAUGCCUGACGUCGCAUAUUGUCCUCGGCUCUCUUGCGGUUCUGCUGUUAUUCUGGAGAAGUCCAGCCCUGCGGCCAUGUGUUCUGUCUGCAGCUUCGCCUUCUGUGUCGACUGCAAGAAGACCUACCAUGGAACAAGCAAGUGUUACGAAACGCCGAAGGUGCCUGAACAGACGAGCGAAGAUCCUCUGGCUGUACCGCCGCAGACAGAAGAGGGAAUGAUGGCGCUUCUUGAAGACUACACCACUGCCAGCAAGUGGAGGCGACGCCUCCUGGAGAACCGAUACGGACGCCAAACGCUGCUGCACACCAUCGAGGGGCGCGUGAGUGACAGGUGGAAAGCGGUGCACACCAAACCCUGCCCUCACUGCUUCUUCCCAAUACAGAAGGAUGGCGGAUGCAACCACAUGAUUUGCCGUUGGUGUCACCGCAUGUUUAACUGGGAGUGACUCUGUUGAGUCAGAUGCCUCAUGGGAAGAGAUUGCCGCUGUGAUAAAGAUGCACUUAAACCAAUCUUUUCUGUAUACUUUGGCUGUAUGCUGACCCUAACCCGUUUGGUGCCCUAGGUGCAGUUCUUUAACGUGCCCCCCCUUCCUUCGGCGAUUUACCAACGCUUACAAGAGAAAUUCAAUAGCACUGAUUUUACCACGGUCUUUAAUUUCUAAGACAUGUCACCCAAUUUACACACCUAAUAAACUACCAUUGCCUACA